CAAAGGCUCAGCAUGAUCAACGUAAAACUCUGGGGUCGACCUACACAAACCGGUGUCCUUACGGUAUCGCAUCGACCGCUCACUGAUACCAGGAUCAUAGGAUCCUCGACACUCAGUAGACUUUUGUUCCCUAGAUUAUUACAUGAAUCAUUGGCCGUCGGAAGUUGAAAGUUAGUGGUCCGACUUAUGACCGCAGGGACGAACUUCCGUAACAGGCAAAUAGAAAACGCUUACUACAGUGAGGCACAAUUGACUCCAAACCAUCAUGUCCGGUCCAGGAGAACAACAGCCCCUCCUCGUAAUUUCAUAUGGCGAGGAAGGUGCGCUCACAGAACAGCCCAAGGGGACUUUAGACGUCUGGCGCGAAAACAUUUCGUCCAUUCUAGAGUCCCGGCGCUUUCACACAUUCGUUAUUACAUUGAUUGUGAUUGAUGCUACUUGCGUCCUUGCUGAUCUUGGAUACACCGUCUUGUCCGAUAAAUGUGCUCCAUUGGACGAGGGCCCCGAGUGGCUUGAAGUCCUGGCUACUAUAUCACUUGCCAUAACCACGCUCUUUCUUAUUGAAAUACCAGUUACCCUCUGGGCUUUUGGAGUCCGCUUCUAUACCCCAUUCUCAGGUGUUCCACAUGCAGCUUUGCACCUGUUUGAUGUAGCAAUCAUUGUCACGACUUUCGUACUCGAAUUUGUCCUCAAGGGACGUCAACGUGAAUUGGCUGGACUGCUGAUUAUUCUUCGUCUGUGGCGAUUAGUAAAGCUUGUAGGAGGCAUUGCCGUGGGAGCUGCAGAAAUAGAAGAAGAAACAGCACAGGAACUCGAAGAAACAAAAAGGCAGCUCGAGGGCACCACAAACGCACUCGCAAAGGCUCGGGAGGAGAAUCGCAAGCUACGGGGUCGGGUAGCCUGGUUAGAGACGGGCGGAUCCGAGGGAGCCGAGUUUUGAGCCGAAACAGAUUUCAUGAGUAUAUGUCACCUAUCCUUGGAAAAUCACUAGUCCUAGUCGAGACCUAGGUAUUCAAAAUUCGGAGUUUUACAACUGCAUUACGAU